UUUGAUGAGGAUUUCUGGAUUAAGGUUCAUCAGAUGCAGAACGAGGGGUUUUCAUGGAACAGAGCUAUGGAUCAAGUUCAUGUUGAAAGAGUGAUUCAAAAAUACAAGGAUGGUGGGGAACUAGUCAGUGAAGAUCCAGCGCUGUUGAUGUUGAAAAAGUGGCCAAUAUCUAAACAGUACAAAGAUGAUCCUGACAAACUUCUUGGACUUGAACAACAGAUAAAUCGAUACUUGGAGAUUCUUUUAGAAAGUGAACUUAACUCUGAGAACAGAUACGAGGAAUUCCAAGACGAAGAUGACAAAACAAACAAGACCCUAAUGCACUAUGCAGCAGAGCUUGGCUUUUUACAUGUCACAAAAACGCUUGUGAAGAAAUGUCCUCUGCUACUCGCUGUUAAGACAGCAGAUCAACGGAAACCUGUAGAAAAAAGAGCUAUGUUGCCAGUGGAAUUGGCGAUAGAGGCAGAGAAGGAUGAUGUUGCAGCAUUUUUGAUUAGAACUAUGUGGCAUGAAAGAGUCCAAAGAUUAUUUUUCUGGACACCUGGUAACAUGACAAAUCCUGAACCAUCUUUCUUAAGUUUGAAGGCAAUUAUUGAGAAUUCCAAAAUGAAGAAAACUGUAGUGGCUGUAUUAGACCAGAUGGUGAACCCUCAUUGGCCAUAUCUUCCAAAACGCCAAGAAAACUAUGAAACUGAAGAAGAGAGGGAGGCAGUUGAGGGAGUCUGGAAAACAAUUUCAGAUGAUCCAUUAAACUAUCAUUUUUAUUAUCAUAUUUUGGAUGGUGAUGAGGGAGGACGACCCCCAAAGAUUAUGACUUCAGAUGGACGCAAGCAGAUAGAAAACAAAUAUUUUAACUGGAGGGACAAGUCUUGUUUAAAUGCCAUAGCAAAGAGCAACAACAAAGAAGCUUUGCAGCAUCCUGUGGUCAGAAUGUUGAUUAAAACAAAAUGGAAAAGUUAUGGACACUUGUUUCUCAGCCUCCAAGCAGCAUUGUUUUGCAUCUUCCUACUGUCCAUGUCAUAUUCUCUGCUGCAUGCCUCUACCAAACUGGACCCCACCCAUUACAACGGUGCGCUGGACUCAGUGCGUGGAUUUUGUGAGGUUGUCACUCUACUCAUGGUCGUGUUUUACAUCUGUGAGGAAAUAAAUCAGAUAAGAAUAGAGGGGCAUUCUUAUUUCUCAGAGUGGAUGACCUUGUUUGACUGGUUAGGUCUGCUGUUGAUAUUGUGUAUAGUACCCUUACGAUAUAUGGAUCAUAAAGCACAGUGGAUGGUGACAUCUCUGGCCUUCUUGUUCAACUUCCUGAGGAUCUUCAAAUUUUCAUGUAUAUCAAGGACAACAGGAUUAUACACACAAACCUUGGCUAAGAUCAUUUUACAUGAUGUAACAAGAUCCAUGGCAGUUUUCAUUGUGAUCUUUUUCUCCUUCUGUGGUGCCUUGACUUUAUCACUUUGUUACUCCGGAUCCAAUGAAAACCAAGAACUUCGUGGUUUUGGAGACGUCUUGAUGAGCGGGUUUCGAGCGCUGUCCGAGCAGUAUCCAAUGGCGCAAAAUUACUCACCUUUCAACUGGCUGUCAGUUCUUCUAAUGAUGGCGUAUAUGGGAACAGUGACUGUGAUUCUGCUCAACAUUCUCAUUGCACAGAUGAGUACAACUUACACACAGGCCAAGAAAGUCGCCCGUCUGGAAUAUGAUGUGGAUCGUAUUUUACAGCUCACUCGCAUGGAGAGAUUUCCUUUUCUGAAUUUACGCGUGAAGUAUUACAAAGAGGGAGACUGGAUCAGUGAAAUGAAACUUGCAAAAGAACUUCUGGAAUUUAGUGAAGAUCGCAGUCCUUGGGAUUCGGUUGAAGAGAAACUUAAUGAGAUCAGGGAUCUGAUGAGAAAGAUGGUGAAACAGAUGAGGCCUGGACGAGAAUAAACGGGUGUCUGUUGCGUGACGGCAAUAGGAGGGAUGUAUUGCUUCC